CGAUCUGUCAAACGGUGAAAACGCGAGUCGUCGGUCGGUCACAAUCAUCGCGAAACGGAGCUAGCUUCCCCAGUGCUUGAUCGAAUUUAGCCCGCAGUAAUUCCGGAUUGAACAGUGUAAAAACCUGCAAAAAAUGUCCACCGUAGCGAGUGCACUUUCCCUGGCGGGAACCCGGACAUCCGGAGCCCCGGUUCGCACACAAAAUGUGAUGGCUGCUUCCUCAAUCGCCAACAUUGUCAAAUCGUCCCUGGGACCAGUCGGACUCGACAAGAUGCUGGUCGACGACAUCGGAGAUGUGACAGUCACAAACGAUGGUGCCACCAUUCUGCGGAUGUUGGAAGUGGAACACCCGGCUGCCAAAGUCCUGUGUGAGCUGGCUCAGUUGCAGGACGAAGAGGUUGGCGAUGGUACCACAUCCGUUGUGAUCAUUGCGGCCGAACUACUGAAGAACGCCGACGAACUGGUCAAGCAAAAAAUCCACCCGACGUCGAUCAUUGCCGGGUACCGCCUGGCCUGCAAGGAAGCCUGCAAGUACAUUUCGGAGCAUCUGACUGCACCGGUGGAUGAAUUGGGUCGCGAAACGCUGGUCAACGUUGCGAAGACGUCGAUGAGCUCGAAAAUUAUCGGAGCUGAUGCGGAUUUCUUCUCGGCCAUGGUGGUGGAUGCAGCGCAGGCCGUCAAAAUUAUCGACCCGAAAGGAAAUCCCAUGUACCCGAUUAAGGCGGUCAAUGUGCUGAAGGCGCAUGGAAAAUCGGCCCGUGAGAGUGUUCUCGUGCAAGGGUAUGCUCUGAAUUGCACGAUCGCCUCCCAGCAGAUGCCGAAGAAGAUUAGCAACGCAAAGAUUGCCUGUCUGGACUUUUCUCUGCAGAAGACAAAGAUGAAGAUGGGAGUGCAGGUGUUGAUCACCGAUCCCGAGAAGCUGGAGGGCAUCCGCUCGCGUGAACUGGACAUCACCAAGGAAAAGAUCGAGAAGAUCCUGGCUACGGGUGUGAAUGUCGUCUUGUGUAGCGGAGGAAUCGACGAUCUCUGCCUUAAGUAUUUCGUUGAGGCUGGAGCCAUGGCCGUACGACGGGUGAAGAAAUCGGACUUGAAGCGUAUAGCUAAGGCCACCGGUGCAGCGUUCCUGACCUCGCUUACUAACAUGGAUGGGGAAGAGAGCUUCGAAGCAAGCUACGUCGGCGAAGCAGCCGAAGUUGUGCAGGAGUUCAUCUGUGACGAUGAGCUGAUCAUGAUUCGUGGCCCUAAGGCCCGCACGGCCGCUUCGAUCAUUCUGCGAGGUCCGAACGAUUUCUACUGCGACGAAAUGGAACGUUCGAUUCAUGAUGCACUGUGUGUGGCGAAGCGAGUGUUGGAAGGAAAGAAAGUCGUAGCCGGCGGCGGUUGCGUUGAGGCAGCGCUAUCCAUCUAUUUGGAGAACUUUGCUACCUCAUUGAGUUCUCGGGAACAGCUGGCGAUUGCCGAAUUUGCCAAGUCCCUUUUGGUUAUUCCAAAAACGUUGGCCGUGAAUGCCGCCAAGGAUGCCACUGAUCUGGUGGCCAAGCUCCGUGCCUAUCACAAUUCCAGUCAGACCAAGGUCGACCACGCCCACCUGAAGUGGUGCGGUCUGGAUCUUGUCGAGGGAGUGGUCAAGGACAACAAGAAGGCUGGAGUGCUGGAACCGGCCAUGUCGAAAAUCAAAUCCCUCAAGUUUGCAACGGAAGCCGCAAUCACCAUCCUGCGUAUCGAUGAUAUGAUCAAGCUGAACCCGGAGGAGAAACAAGGCAAGAGCUACGGAGAUGCGUGUGCCGCUGGAGAGUUGGACGGUUAAGAACAUCUCAUCGUCUUUUUAGUACUCAACUCGUUUUUAAGUAAGUUUUUUGCACGUUUUCCCUUAUCAAUUGCUUUUUGCUUACGGAAUGCAGCCUAUUGGCAGCAUUGUUCCUCCAUUUAAAAGCACACAAAAUGCAACCGUUUGCUUUUCUCUACUAAAGAAAACGCGGGAUAGGGUGAGUGAUAGUAGAAAGAAAGCAUCUCCUUGUCAAGCUACAAGCGGUCUCAUUUAUUUCAUUUGUCUACUUACCGGAUCAUAACAACAGUAAGCACCCACACGUAAUAUAAUUGAUGCCUACUAAUGGUGAUAACACUAAA